UGCUUUUUGACCAAGCUGGAGAUGAUGUUAAUAAUUACUAACCCUACUUUAAAAACUGUUUUGGAAUUCAUGAGUCUAUGAGUUGUGUUCAGACCAAAUGUGGGUGACAGUGUGGUUUACAGUAGCACUUCUCACAGUGAAGAAUAUGUUUCUCGACCAGUGUUGUGUCAAAUCUGUUCCUCUUAGGUUAGUGGUUAUGGUGGUUAGACAGUGAAACAUUCAACACAACACUGGUAACAGUCAGCACUCGCUCUCUAGAGGGAAGAUUGAACCUGUUGAGGAGUUUACAGAAUGAUUGUAGGUUAAAACUGUUAACUGAGCUCUUAUUAUUGAACACGUCACCAUAAGUUGCUCUUGAGGGACAGUUCCUAUUACAGUAAGAGUGUACUGUAAAUCAACAAAAUAGAAUUUGAGUGGAUAUUAAUAAGAGAGCUGUGAAGCAACACUUCUCCAUCAUGCACUGGCACAGCGUCACUAUAUAUCAACUGUAGCCGGAUUUAAACACUCAUUCGGUCAGAUCAGAGGAAGUUCACAAACACAGGAGGAGCUGAUGAUGUUUAGAGAAAGAGCUGUAACUAUAUACUGAAAAGAAAGACUGACAGAAACAGAAAAUGUCUGAUAAGUGUGAUCUGUGUCUGCUGGGACUGAUCAUUCUCUGCUCACUUCUCACAGGUACCAGUGGAGUGGAUGAGACUCAUGUGUUCAUCAGUUCUGGUGAACAUGUCCGUCUGCCCUGUAAUAAUGCUCUUUCUGACUGCAACUCAACUACAUGGAUCUAUAACAGUUUCAGACAUCCAGAAGCAGAUGAACUGAUUACUUUAGGGAAAAAGAAGGAAGACACAGAGAGACACGAGAGACUGAGUCUGGGGUCUGACUGCUCUCUGAACAUCAAGAACGUCACAAAAGAAGAUCCUGGAUUUUACAUCUGCCGACAAUAUGUGAAUGGACAAAAACAAGGAACUGAUACACGUGUUUAUCUGCAUGUUCUUCAUGUUUCAUCAUCAUCAUCAUCCUCACAGACUGAGAUCAGUCCAGGUCGCUCUGUGACUCUCUCCUGUCAGUUGUAUUCAUAUGAUGGAGAACCUUGUGAUGAUUUAGUCCAUUCUGAGGGAAUUCAGCUGUUGUGGGUGAAUCAGGCUGGUGUUGAUCUGAAGACAGACUCCAGAUAUCAGAUAUCAGCUUCAGAUCACUGUAUCAUCACUCUGACUACAACACUCCUGAAUGAAGAUGACAACAGAGAGUGGAGAUGUCGGCUUACUCUCAGAAAUCAAGUCAAGACCUCAGUCAGAUACACUGUCAAGUAUUCAGCUCAAAAUGUUACAACGACAGCACUGAUUCCAGUCCACACCACAAAGUCAACUAUAAAGACACCAGAAACUAAAGCUCAAGAUGAUUCAACAACGGCAGUGAUUUCAGUCCACACCAAAACCUCUCAGGACCCCUCAACUAUAAAGACACCAGAAACUAAAGUAGUUGUACCGUCAACUAGAGCAACAACACUGAUUCCAGAAACUACACCAAACUCUCCGAAACCAGUCUUUCUCUCAGUGAUUGGGAUUGUUGUCGCUUCAUUCGCCAUUCUCCUUCUUGGUCUUAUUCUCUGGAUGAUUCUUAAAAAAAGAGCAGAUAACAGAAGAUGGACUGAUGAAUGUGUGGAGCAGACAGAUGAUCAUGUGACUUAUACCGAGGUCACUGCGUGCCGUAAAAACCAAGGCAAAACGAACAAGGUUCACUGUGAUGAUAAAGUGACGUAUUCCUCCAUCAGAGGAGCAAAAGUUGGAGCUCCGGAAAACUGCAGUGAACUUUAUGCCUCUGUGAACUAUAGCCAUCACAAAUCACCUGAAUAAUUAUAUAAAACACAUGAGCAGAGGAAUAUGAAUCUAAUAUAAUUGACUCCUAAUGGUUUCAUUCAGUGCCAUUAUAAAUACUUUCAAUGUCUUUUACAUGUUAACAAACAAACCCAUGUGAUGCUCUGAUUUAUUUUGCUCAGUUCAGCAUGUUAUUGUAUAGUCUCUGUCUGCUUAUUGAUCAGUUAAUGCUAGUGUCUUUAUUAUUAAUUCAGGGUCUGCAGACUUUCACAAAGUCUAGAAAAUGAGGACAGUUUUACUCUCUUAGAUCAUUCUCAUUAAAUCAUGUAUUUUCUCGAGCAGCUUAUUAACUGUCAGCUUGCACUAAUUAUGAGGACAGCCGAAGCAUGAUGAUGUAAGCGUUUAUCACAAUAUGUCAGGAAUGAUAAUUUGGUGUUUGAACCGUUUGAGCAGCUUCUUUCAGCAAUGCUUGUAAUAUUGUAUUUUAUUUGUUAAUAAUAAAAUAGUCUAUGUCAAACCUGUGUCUUUAUGGUGAAA